UUAGUUCCCGAUGACUUCUUGGAGGGAUUGUAAGGGUCGAGAGGGGCAGGAGAAGAGUUGGUUGAGGGUCUUUAGUGGCCAGCAAUGGACCGAGUCGAGGAAAAGGAGCUGAAGCUGGAAGUUCCUUAUUAUCUUCGGCUUGGGGACCAGCAGCAUGAGACAUGGAUGACGAAGACCUGCAUCGGUUUUGAUUUGUGUUUUGAAUUCAACAAGAUGAUUUAGUGGUGCAUCCAUGGCGAGCAAGAGCCCCCAUUUGGAUCCGAACCUUGCGCGCUCCAUGCCGGCUGCCGGCGCGCAAGCAGUGAUGGCGGCCAGUGCGCAAGACGCGAAAAGCAAGAGGGGGAACUCGGGUUUGAGGCGCCCAGAAAAGCCCCCGUAUUCCUACAUCGCCCUCAUUGUGAUGGCAAUCCAGAGCUCACCGAGCAAAAGGCUCACACUGAGCGAGAUUUAUCAGUUCCUGCAGGCCCGAUUCACUUUCUUCAGGGGGUCCUAUCAGGGGUGGAAGAACUCUGUCAGACACAACCUGUCCCUCAACGAGUGUUUCAUCAAAUUACCAAAAGGUCUCGGUCGACCGGGUAAAGGCCACUACUGGACCAUUGACCCCGGUAGUGAGUUUAUGUUCGAGGAGGGCUCCUUUCGCCGUAGACCUCGGGGCUUUCGCAGGAAAUGCCAAACCUUAAAACCAAUGUACAGGAUGAUGAACACCAUCGGCUUUGGGGGCAACUUUGAUUUCCAGUCAGCAUCAGGCCCUUUAGUGUGUCACAACGGCUACAAUUUGGACUUUAACGCGGGAGGCUUUGAGGGUCUCGGUGGGGGCCAUCAUGUGUCCCCUGGCUCCAGCUCGUCAUACAUGGCGGCAUGCCAGGUGACCCCCAACGCGGAUUACUGCAGCCCGGACAGUGGAGGCAGCUCCUUGCAGUCCUCCCCGGCCAUGGUGGGCCCUUUGGACUGUCAGAGCCCGUACGGCAACGCAGCCCCCCACUGGAGUUCACCUGCAGUGCCUUCGUACAUCAAGCAGCAGACUCUGACCUCGAACAGCAACAGCAGUGCGCACGCUGCUUUGCACACACACGGGAUGUCGCCUUAUUCUCUGGAUCAAUCUUACCUGCACCACAAUGGACGAGAUUCUACUGACAUUCCAGCUGGAUUGUCUCGAUACUCCAGCCACUCUUCUCCAGUAUGCGACAGGAAAGAUUUCGUUUUAAGCCUCAAUGGGAUGUCCUCUCUCCAUUCCAGCACUGGCACCUCUUACUAUCAUCAUCACCACCAUCAUCAUCAGCUGCAUCAUCAUCAUCAGAGUGCCUAUCAGGACGUGAAGCCGUGUGUCAUGUAACCACCGUCCGUAUCAUCAGUGAUAUAUUACAUUUCUUCUUGAAGGGCGACCAUAUAUCACAAUGUGAUGUAUAUAGUCAACAUUCUCAAUAGACUUACCGACCGACUGAUUGCACCCAUUUUCAGGACAUUUCCCGGGGAAAAAAAAACAUACAUUUAUGUUAAUCCAUGCACUUAAUAUUGUUGAAAAUUAUAAUUAAAGGGACGUAUUAUUUC